CCAAACCACCAAAUCCAACCAACAACACCUGGCAUGAAACAUGAAACCAUCUGAGAACAGGCACAGCAACAAACCACAUGCCUCAGAUUCAAUUUUAGCAUCAGCGGCCAAUCAUCCGUCCCGAAGGUUACAAUGCGUUAAAUCUCGACAUCAGAUGAACCAACUCUAAACAACCUAGCGACCAGACUCGCCCACCGCACACAAUGCCUCAAAAACAACACCAGGCUCCCCAGCACCACGCCUAUCCCUACCGCACGCUCGUCGCCUCCUUCGCAGCCUGGAAGCUGUUCCUCUUUGCCAUCGUCCUCGGCAGCAGCCUUGUGGGUGACGCCUAUGACACCUCGGCGGGGCUGUUGCUUCAGGGCCGGGCAAAUGGCGACGCGACCGGGCGGCCGGCCGGUCUCGGGGCCACACUAAUCGCCCGCCUGUCCAGCUGGGACGCCAUCUAUUAUGUCACUGCCGCGCGCAGGGGGUACCUCUUUGAGCAGGAGUGGGCAUUUGGGGCUGGCCUGCCCUUUGUCGUGAGGGUGCUGCUUCGAGGACUGGAGCAAAUCGGCAUCGUCGGGGCCCGCGCGGCCGACGAAGGGCCCGUCGCCGAAGCCCUGGCCGGCAUUCUCGUCGCCAACACGGCCCACCUACUCUCAGCCCUGGUGCUGUACCGCCUGGGCCAGGUGGUCUGGCGCGACCAAACGCUAUCUUUAGUCGCCGCCCUUCUGCACGUCCUCUCCCCGGCCGGCCUGUUUCUGUCCGGCCCCUACUCGGAGAGCUCCUUCGCGCUGCUCUCCUUCUCGGGGUACCUCCUCUUCGCGCUCGGCUGCCGUGCCGAGCACAGCCCGACACGUCGCGACCUCUGCACCGUCGCAGCCGGCGUGCUCUUCGGCGUCGCCACGGCCUUCCGUAGCAACGGCAUCCUCAACGGCGCACCCUUCGCCUGGGAGGUGCUGCGGCAUUUGCCAGCGCUCGCCCGCCAACCCACCGACACGCUGCGUCGGCUGGUCGCGCUUGGCGUGGGUGGAGUUGCUGUGGCGGCGGGCUCGCUGGGCCCGCAGACCGCGGCGUAUCUCCAAUUCUGUGCUUCCUCCGGCGCAUCCGGCGCGGGCCUACCUAGGCCGUGGUGCCAGGGAUACCUGCCGAGCAUUUUCACCUUUGUGCAGCGGCACUAUUGGAACGUUGGCUUCCUCCGCUACUGGACGCUGCCCAACCUCCCGCUAUUCCUGCUUGCUGCUCCGAUGCUUGUGAUUCUGGUCAAGUCCGGAGUGGAUCCGCUCAGCGGUCGGCUUCUUCCCGGCGCUGCCAAGCCCGCUGAGUCGGGACGACUGUCAGCCCUCAUCCAGUCCACCGCCGCCGCCCAAGUGCUGCUAGCCGUGCUCGCCCUGACGACCUACCACGUCCAGAUCAUCACCAGGAUCUCUUCCGGGUAUCCGUUAUGGCACUGGUGGCUCGCCGGGCUUCUCUUCCGCGGGGACAAAACGGGCAGCCGCAUCCUCAUGUUCAUGGUUAUCUACGCUUCGAUUCAGGGUGCGCUGUUCGCGUCGUUUCUUCCGCCAGCAUAGAAGUGUCAUAUUACCCAUUAAUCCUAAUCUAAUCCCGAACUGAACCCAUGA